GAAUUUUCUCCCUUUCUUUUUUCCUUUUGAUUCUGCUUUAAUAACCUUUUUUGUUUUGUCAAAAUAUUAGAGCGCCCAAGACGCACACAAAGCCCUUGUAUUUCAGAGAUGGACGCUGAUAUGUCGGAGCCCAAGGUCGAGCAGCAGCAGGAGCAGGAGCAGCAACAGCAGCAGAGUGUCGUCGAGGAAGUGCCCGUCGGAGAGGUUGCUGCCGAGGAGGUAGCUGUUGAGGAACACCAGCAGCCACUGGAGGAGCAGCCACUGGAGGACCAGCACUGGAGGAGCACCAGCAGCCACUGGAAGAGCAGCCUCUCGAAGAGCACCAGCAGCUGGACGACCAUCCACCAGCAGCAGGACGCCGAGCAGCACCAAUACGAGCAGCAGUAUGACGCGUCGUACGACCAGCAAUACGAGGCUGCCGAGGACGCGCCACAGGAGGCCUACGACGAGACCCAGGCCCAGCCCGAAUACGAGCAGGACCAGGCGUACGACGACCAGGUAGUUGUCGAUGCCGCCGCCGUCGCCACUGCCGCCGCCGCUGCUGCCGCCCAGGCCGAAGAGCAGCAGUACGCGCCCGACGACCAGCAGCAGCAGUACGCGCAGGACGACCAGCAGCAGUACGACCAGCAGCACGAGCAGCAGUACGAGCAGCAGUACGAGACCCACGAGCAGAUGGACGACCAGACGCUGGCCGCACACCCGGCGCGCGAGCUCCAGGCCGCCGAGUCCCAGCCCAUAUCGGCCGAGGUCUCGCAGGCCAUGGACCGCUACGACGACGCACCCUGGCCGCAACCUCGUCCUGUUGCCACUCCUCACACCACCACGCACGUCUACCACCAGAAGCCGCUGACGCCCAAAUUCAACAGAGCCCGCAACUGGACGCGCGACGAGACAAAGAUUCUGCUCAACGAGCUCGAGCGCAUCGUCGCCGAGAACCCAGAGGACAGGAGGGAGGUCAUGCUGCGCGCCCACCCCACGUUCGAGCAGACCGCCAAUGUGCUGCGCGAGCAUGGCUUUGUCCGCGACGGCCAGGGCUGCAUGAUCCGCUGGCGCAAUCUGCUGCGCGACCCCUCUGUCCUGCAGGGCUACCCCUACGCAAACGAGAUCGAGUCCAUCUACCGCUUCCCGCCCGAGAACAUCUCCUCCUACCACAUGCACGGGGAGUCCGGCUCGCCUGGUCCCGACGGCUCGCAGACCGGCCAUGCCCGCACCUGGACCCAGGCGAACGGCUCUGCCUACGAGACCCCUGCCCGCAAGCGCCAGCGUGAGAUGCACCAGCUCGCUGACCAGAUCGAGCGCAUGGAGCAGAAGCUCGACCAGGCCACUGAGGUCAUCUCCCAGCAGUCCGAAAUCAUCCGCUCGUUGGAGGAGCGCGUCGUGCGCGCCGAGGAAGCGCUGAAGCAGAGCGAGACCACCCUCGAGACCAUCAACACCACCAUCGGUGAAAAGGAUGCCAAGCGCGACGAGCUUGAGAAGCAGCUCAUGGUUACCGUCCAGGCGCUGUCGCAAGUCAUUGCCACCAAGAAGGCCGAGCAGCAAUGAUCCCUUCCCCUACUUCCCACGAUUAAUUAAAUGGUUCUAUAUUUUGUCUCACUUUUUCUUACCGCAUUCCUUACAAACAGCUACAU